AGUCGUAAAUGUUUUCACCCCCUAUGGUGGACAGUAAGGCGAUGUACAGAGAGGCUCCUAAGCAGUGUGAGGGCCAGCAGCUGAAUCGUCCUGCUGGUGAACGCAUGGGCCCCCCUUCGUCUUCCUCUGCAUUGCCUCCUCAAUUCGAUAAGCCCCCAUUAACUGCCCGAAUUCACGACCUAAUAGCAGAUGGACGGCUGAACUUGACACGGGAGAAGAUGGCGGAGUUGAUGUUCCGUCGGCUGGAGCCGAACGAUUACGACGAGGUGGAGAGGCUGCACAAUGAGUGGUUUCCAGUGCACUACGAUGAGUCCUUCUUCAAGGCGGCUACUAAUGGCGACUGCUACUCUCUGGCGGCCACAGUCCCUCUCGAUAGAAAAGAGGAUGCAAUUGUAGGCAUCAUCACGGUAUCUACUGGACGUACCGCAGAGACGGAGAACCCGGAGACCUUCCUCGAGAUCAUGCGUCACAAUACGGAUUUCUUUUCUACGGUGACCUCCCAUGAGCAAUCCUUGGCCUACAUGCUCACCCUUGGGACCGUUGAGGAAGCCAGAGGCCGCGGCUUGGCCUCCGAAUUGGUCAUCAGGGCCCUUGCUGAUGUGAAAAUUCAUCACCCUGACUGCGGAGCGAUGUACCUCCAUGUUGUCGACUACAAUCGGGCUGCCAUCAGGAUGUAUGAGAAGAUUGGUUUCCAUUGUGUCGGCUCCCACAAAGGUUUCUAUACCAUUGAAGGCGAUCCCUAUAAUGCCUACACCUAUGCUUAUUACUAUCCUCCCAGCGUACUCCCAGUAUCGGUGUAUACUGGUCUAUCGUGGUUCAAGCCGCUGUUCUCUACUGUGCGCUCGUCCUUCCGUAAUUUUGUUAACUCCAGCCCGAAGCAUACGAAAGCCCCUCCGAAGGUUGAUAAACCAGGUUAA